AUGGGGGAGGCCGAGGUGGGCGGCGGCGGCGCCCCGGGCGACAAGGGCCCCGGGGAGGCGGCCACGAGCCCGGCGGAGGAGACGGUGGUGUGGAGCCCCGAGGUGGAAGUGUGCCUCUUCCACGCCAUGCUGGGCCACAAGCCCGUGGGUGUGAACAGACACUUCCACAUGAUUUGUAUCCGAGACAAAUUCAGCCAGAACAUCGGACGGCAGGUGCCCUCCAAGGUCAUCUGGGACCACUUGGGCACCAUGUACGACAUGCAGGCGCUGCACGAGUCCGAGAUCCUGCCGUUCCCGAACCCAGAGAGGAACUUCGUGCUCCCAGAGGAGUUCAUCCAGGAGGUCCGGGAAGGAAAGGUGAUCCUGGAAGAGGAGACGAAGGAGGAGAUGAAGGAAGACCUUGAUCCCCACAGCGGGGUUGACGAUGUUUUCUCGUCGGGGAGCUUGGGCAAAGCAGCGGAGAAGUCCAGCAAGGACAAGGGCUCCGAGCUGGGCUGCAAAGACGCGGCGGACAGACGCAAGCGUGGCCGUGUCACCGACAAGGCGCUGACGGCCAACAGCAACCCCUCCAGCCCCAGUGCCGCCAAGCGGCGCCGCACAUAGCCCCAGAGUGCCACAGCCUCAGCGCGUGGUCGGCUGGGCCCAGCACUGCGGGGCUGCGUGCCUGUGGCCAACAGCGAGACGCUUCAGGAGGCCGCGCCGUGGCCGUAGACCCGCGGACCCUGGAGGGCGCAGGGGCUGGGUCUGUCUGCUCUGAAGAGAGCCAGUGGUCCCUGUGCCACCACAUCCGGGCCCUCGGGGGCCCACAGGCCGGGAGACACUUGGCCCGGAACCACCUUGUGCUAGCAGCAGCCCCGUACCUGCGGCGCCCACCGCAGCCAAGCCCCUUGGCUCCCCGGCAGUCCUGGCAGCACGGGCCUUGGCGUGCACCUGCGGAAGCGGCCGCAGCGGGCGCCUAGAGGGCGAGUCGGGCUGCCGUUUCACUCUUUAGUUUUUCAGGAACCUGUUUUGCUAAGGUUUUAUAUGAGAAAAAUACUGCGGACGUUAACCGAACGUUAACCCCGCGUCGUAUUUUCCAGAAGUUUGGCUUUGGUAGCCACUGAGGCGCCUGUUGCCGUUUUUGUAGCCACACCGAGGAUUUGUAGCGGGUAUUUUUGUAUCAUCUAGUAGCUGGGGCUGAGGAUGAGGAGGGAGGCACUGUGUGCCCACAUUAAAGCACAGAA